AUGACCACCAGCACAUCGACUGCCACUCCCUCGCCGCUUCCGGUCCACACCAAGCACAAUCCUCAUGACAGCCCUUCUGUUACUAAGAAACCAAGUGUUCCCAAACCAAAGCUCAGACUUCAUAUACAAGAUGCCCGUCACUCUGCAGUGCCGUCUUUCUUCAGCCUCGUCCCGGACCUUGAAGCUGUCCUUGACGCCGCUCUGACGGCAAUUGUCGACCAGCUCUAUACUUCUCCUCACAGGCAGACCACACACCAGCAGUCGGCACCAUUACCCGCGUUCAAUCCCUUCAUACCCCGUACCCGCUCUGUGACAGUAAUACUGCAUGAUUUUGAUGGUGUGGCCUAUACUAAUGGCACGGAGCUUGAUGAUGACCACAAGGAAAUACAUUUCUCGUUGUCAUACAUAAACCACGUCUGCAAUAACAACGCCGACCCUCUCGCCGAGCUAAAAGGCGUGCUUACUCAUGAACUCGUUCAUUGCUACCAGCAUACUGCUCCCCCGGCAUCACAGGGGGUAUCCAUUGCGCGACCUCCCGGUGGUCUCAUUGAGGGGAUCGCUGACUUUGUGCGCUUGAAGGCAGGCCUUGCUGCUCCGCACUGGCAAAUGCCCAAAUCUGCUCUAGAUCGUGCGUCCAAAUGGGAUGCAGGCUAUCAACACACGGCAUACUUCCUGGCAUGGCUGGAGGAUAAGCGUAUUGGCCGUGGCGCAAUUGGCUUGCUCAAUGAUCGUCUGCUUCGGACGGGGUAUAUCGGGGAAAUGCAAGAAGGCAAGACGGACAAAUCUCAGCCGAGUUUUUGGAGGGAUUUGUUUGGACUUGAGGUCGCUGAUUUAUGGGAGGAGUAUGGCCGGUAUCUUGAUGAGGGGCCUAAAGAAGAAUAG